CCCCAACCCACUAACCUGCCUCAUUGACGCGGUCUCCAUACUCCAAGAAACUCACUGUUUCGUUUUCACUUCCUGUGACUCGUUUUCUCUCUCUCUGUUCUUGCUUAGAAGCCCAUUGAAAGAGGGAAUUGAGAAUUUUAAGUAUUCUUGAGAAGUAAUUUUUUGGUUAAUUGUCAUGGCUAUUACUCUCACUCAUAGUGCAAGUGAACCACCACAAUUCUACUUUGAUGAGAAGUGGAAAUUGUCCAAGAAAGAGGGGUCAUCAAGAAGCAGAUCCUCAACUUCUUCUCUGAUGAAGGAUUCAUCUCAAAGGAGAUGUUCUUUUACAAGAAAGUGUGCAAGGCUUGUUAAAGAACAAAGAGCUAGGUUUUACAUCGUGAGGAGGUGUGUGACGAUGCUUAUUUGCUGGAGAGACUAUAGUGAUGCUUAAAGAAUUUGGGAAGAGAAAGAAAGGAAAGACAAAGGGAUCUAGUGAGAGAAACAUUGGUUGAGGUUUCUCUCCUUUUUUGGACUCUUAACUUUAUAUCUCCUUCGUUCAAUGAGAUGGUUUCUUGGGUUUUGCUUCAAUAAAAACCCAUUUUCAAGGCAUUUUCUUGGCAUCCAAGAGGAAGAGGAAGGGCAAGAUAUAUAUACAUGUAUAUAAAGAUUUUUUAGCCUUUUUUUUUUUUUUUUUUUGCAUUCUUUUGCUUUUUGGUUUUGUUUUUUUGGAAUCUGGAAACUCCUUAGAAGGAGAUGGUUUCUUGAUGUUACUGUUAGUUUCAGUGUUAGAGAUUAAUAUAAUAGAGAGAUCAUCCAUGCGUAAUUCUCACUA